CGCAUAACUCGAGCUACUCAUCUAUCGCCCGGUCUGGUUGACUAUCGUUCUCGGGUAGAUAUCUAAGUCUGAGGUCUAAGUCUAUCUAUCGCCCGAUACUGAUCACUCUGUACCCCAGAGCCGGGAAUGACCCCUACUCCCCUCGUUAUCACGCCAUCCCGGCCCACAUUGAUGCUACGCACGCAGAUCAACCGCACAACGCCCGGACAGUAUAAAGGAUUCGAAACAGUCCCGUCCUGCCUACAUUCAUUUCUGCAAAGGUCCGGCUAUUAUUCUUACAUCUACAGCAACACCGAGACUAUACCACAACACAACAAUGACAUCCGCCGAGCCCCCGCGCCCGCGCAAAUCUCUCAUUCUCAACGCCUUCGUUGAGAUGUGCAGCGGCCACCAAUCCCCAGGUCUGUGGCGCCACCCCGAGGACGAAUCGCACCGCUUUAACGACAUCGAGCAUUGGACGGAGCUGGCGCAGCUGCUCGAGGCGGCUAAGUUCCACGGCAUCUUUAUCGCGGAUGUUCUUGGCGGCUACGACGUGUACAAGGGCCCCCGCAAUCUGGGGCCGGCGAUCGCCUCGGGCGCGCAGUGGCCGGUCAACGAGCCGCUGGCGGUCGUGCCGGCGAUGGCGGCGGUGACGAAGAGCAUCGGGUUCGGGGUGACGGUGGCGACGACGUACGAGCAGCCGUACCACCUGGCACGGCGGUUGUCGACGGUGGACCAUUUGACGAAGGGCCGUGUCGGUUGGAAUGUGGUAACAGGGUACCUCGACUCAGCGGCCCGCAACUUAGGGCUCACCGAACAGCCCCAGCACGACACCCGCUACGAAACCGCCGAAGAAUACCUGCGCGUGACUUACAAACUCUGGGAAUCCUCCUGGCGCGACGACGCCGUGCAACUCUCCCGGUCCACAGGCAUCUACACCUCCCCGGACCUCGUCCGCCCCAUCAACCACACCGGCAAGACCUUCACCGUCCCCGGCCCGCACCUCUGCCAGCCCUCCCCGCAGCGCACGCCCGUCAUCCUGCAAGCAGGCACCUCCAAGGCCGGGAAGCUCUUCGCCGCGCAGCACGCGGAGGCGAUCUUCGUCGCGGGCCACUCACCCUCCGUCGUCAAGAACAAUAUCGCUGAGAUUAGGGAGCUGGCUGCCACGCAGUUCGGGCGGGACGGCUCAAGCAUCAAAUUUCUGGCGUUGUUGUGUCCCGUCCUCGCGGCGACGGCGGAGGAGGCGCAGGCGAAGUUCAGGGAGUAUCAGAGCUACGGGGAUGUGGAGGGGGCGUUGGCGUUGUUCGGCGGGUGGACGGGGAUUGAUCUGAGUACGUAUGGCGAGGAGGAGGAGUUGCGCGGGGUGCAGAGUAAUGCGAUUCGGUCUGCCGUGGAAGGCUGGUCGAAAGCCACCCCCGAAGUCGCCAAAUGGACCAAGUCCACCGUCGGACGGCAUAUCACCGUCGGCGGGCUGGGAGCCACGCCCGUGGGCACGCCGGUGCAGGUGGCCGACGAGAUGGAGCGGUGGGUCGCGGAGGCGGAUGUCGAUGGGUUCAAUUUGGCAUACGCCAUCAAACCCGGCUCGUUCAAGGAUAUCAUCGACCUGCUCCUGCCCGAGCUGCGGAGCCGGGGUCUCUUCUGGGAGGACUACGCCGUCCCGCGCGGCACGUAUCGCGAGAAUCUGUACGGCAAGAAGGGGCAAGCGGGGCCGCCGGAGGAUCACCCUGCUGCCAAGUAUCGGUGGCAUGCCGGGGUGGCGGCGGAGGAGCAUCAGAUUCCGGAGUAAAUCCGUGUCAUAUGUGGAUGAGGGCUUGCUCGGGAUUGCAGUACAUAGGAAGCAUCAUAGCUAUACCAGUGAUUAUAACGAAAAGCAAAA